AUGCUCGCUACAUUCGUGAAGUCGGCCUCCGAGAAGAAAGGAAAGUCCAUCGAUAUUGGAUCUUAUGGCCUUGAUGUCGAUGUUAACGACAGUUCUAUUGUUGGAAACACCGAAAGUAGUUCAGCCUCAUCAACUAAAGCUGGAAGUGUUUCUACCAAGACAAAAGAAUCAAGCAGUGGUGCAAGUUCUGCUGAAUCCAAGACAAAAGAAUCGAGCGGUGCAAGUUCUGGUGGAGCUAACAAAGACACUACAGGUAAAAAUUCAGGUAGUCCGAGUGAAACCCCCAAGGCCAAACCUUCUAAAGGAAGUGAAAGUGCUACAGAAGACGCAAAUGCUAAAGGAAGCAUCAGCGGCAAAAGUAGUUUCUCGGCUAAUUCAGCAACAAAGACAACAAGCGAAAAGCGAUCCAAAUCAUCGAGCCAAAGUUCAUUUAAGAGCUCAUCCACCAUAUCAGUGAAACAAGUUGAAAGUGAGACUUCCAAAGAAGUAAUGUCAUUCAUAACGCAACUCGAGAAGAAGUAUUCCGCAAAGACGGAACUCAAGGUUUUCUUCGAGAAACUGAAGGCUUCCAUGCAAGCUUCCUCAAGCAUUGCUUCCAAAACAUCAAAGGACUAUGUCUCUGCCACAGCAGCAGCCACCGGUAAACUAUCUGAAGCCAUGGCUUUAGUGGGUUCAAAGAAUGUCAAAUCAGCAAAGAUGAAGAGCAACAUGGAAACCAGCAAAGAUGAAAUGAUGAAGUGUCUCAAACAAAUACAAGAUAUCAACAGUAAAAUAGUGAGUGGCAAGACAGCGUCAUCGACACAACAGUCAGAGCUCAAGCAAACAAUCACAAAGUGGGAAAAAGUCACCACCCAAUUUGUGGAGACUGCUGCUUCUUCAAGUUCGUCUUCAUCCUUAUCUUCUUCUGCAACUCAGCAGCAAGGCAGUGCAAGGAUGGUCGAGAACAAUUGA